AUGGCUAGAGGACCUAAGAAGCACUUGAAGCGUCUCGCAGCUCCAUCCCACUGGAUGCUUGACAAGCUUUCCGGCACAUACGCUCCCAGACCCUCCCCCGGUCCCCACAAGCUUAGAGAGUCUCUUCCUCUCGUCAUCUUCCUUAGAAACCGUUUGAAAUAUGCUCUUAACGGUCGUGAAGUCCAGUCCAUUGUCAUGCAGAGACUUGUCAAGGUUGACGGCAAGGUCCGCACUGACACCACCUACCCCACAGGUUUCAUGGAUGUUGUUUCUCUUGAGAAGACUGGCGAGAACUUCCGUCUCAUCUACGACGUCAAGGGCAGAUUCGCCAUCCACAAGAUCUCUGAGGAGGAAGCCCAGUACAAGCUCGCCAAGGUCAAGAAGGUUCAGCUCGGCAAGAAGGGUGUUCCUUACAUUGUCACACACGACGGCCGCACCAUCCGUUACCCUGAUCCUUUGAUCAAGGUCAACGACACCGUCAAGAUUGACCUUGCCACUGGCAAGAUUGUUGCUCACAUCAAGUACUCUUCUGGUAACGUUGUCAUGGUUACCGGUGGCCGUAACUUGGGUCGUGUUGGUAUCAUUACCCACCUUGAGCGUCACGAGGGUGGUUUCGACAUUGUUCACAUUAAGGAUGCUCUUGACAACACUUUCCUUACCCGUCUUUCCAACGUUUUCAUCAUUGGUGAGGGCUCCCAGCCUUUGAUCAGCCUGCCCAAGGCCAAGGGUAUCAGACUUACCAUUGCUGAGGAGAGAGAUGAGCGUCUCGCUGCUCAACAAGCUGCUUCUGAGUAA